GAUGAUUAGAAUCAUGCCGGGCUGUGAUUAAAGCGCUUCAUGUUGAAGCCGGCAUGCCAACCCAGCUGAGCUGUCCUUAUGCCCUAGCAUAUGGAUCUUUUGCUACUAUCCAUCUGCGUGUGAAGCACUAAGAUCACAAGAAGAUGCCGUGUAUAAAUGGCACUCCUCGGGUGUUCUUUCUCCUCAAAGCCUUUCACGAGCAACUCUUCUUACUUGGGGGAAGCCAUUCGAUUGUUAUUACUUAUUUGGAGACCAAAGUUGUAUUGAUGGAGUCCAUAACAAAUGGGACCAAGUAUGAGUGCUUGCUUUUUGAUAUGGAUGACACCUUGUACCCCUUGAGCUCUGGCAUAAACUUGGCAUGCCGCAAGAACAUACAAGAUUACAUGCGUGAGCAUCUAAACAUUGAGGAAAGCCUAGUUCCACGAAUGUGUUUGGAUUUGUACAAGGAAUAUGGAACUACAAUGGCUGGCCUAAAGGCGCUUGGCUACAACUUCGAUGAUGAUGAAUUCCAUGAUUAUGUACAUGGAAGACUUCCUUAUGAGAUUUUGAAGCCUGAUCCAGUGUUGAAGAAUCUACUUCUAUCAAUGCCUCAGAGAAAAUUAAUAUUUACAAAUGCCGACAAAGCUCAUGUUGAAAGAGUACUUAAUAGGCUGGGACUUGAGGACUGCUUCCAUGGUGUAAUUUGCUUUGAAACGCUUAAUUCACCCGCUAGAUUUAAUGAUGAAGGCGACGAAAAUCAAGCUGCUAUUUCUUCGCUUGAUCAAAAGGAGUUGGAGGUGGUCGACAGCAACCUCACAGUGAAUAAAACUACUGGCUUUUCAAAAAUUCUCUGCAAGCCUGCACUGGAAGCAAUCGAAACUACAAUCAGAAUAGCCAAAAUUAAUCCCCAAAAAACUAUCUUCUUUGAUGAUAGUGCUCGAAACAUAGCAGCAGGGAAGGAAGCAGGUCUGAAUACUGUCAUUGUUGGAAGCUCAGAGUUGGUGCCAGGUGCGGACCAUACACUGGAGAGCAUCCAUAACAUCAAGGAAGCAUUACCUGAGAUUUGGGAAGGCGAAGAAGAGAAAGAUCUGAUGCUUACAGCAACAGCAGUGGAGCUUGAAACAGUAGUGCAAGCUUAAAUACUAGCUUUAGUUCAUUGCAUCUGCUAAUUCUUUUAACCAAAAACAUUGAAAGAAGAAAGCAGGACUAUAGCUGUGAGCUGUGACAGCACUAAUACAUGAAUUGUUAACAUAAUAUGGUAUUCUACAUUCAGGACCAAGUUGGCGUAUCAUGGCUUCAUUGUGUUCCUGAUGACCUUGUACUAAAAUUUACAGAAUUAUAUGAUAAAAUGAGUGAUCUAGUCUGCUUUUUUUAUUCUGAAA